AUGUCGUCAGUUAAGGUGGCCGUCAGGGUUCGACCUUUCAAUAACAGGGAACUGGCCAGAGAGGCAGUGUCCAUAAUAGAGAUGAGUGGGAAUUCCACAACAAUUAUAGAUCCAAGACCCGGACAUGACUUUGGUAGAAUGCAUACUUUCAGCUAUGACCAUUCCUAUUGGUCACUAUCGCCCGAAGAUGAAAGUUUCGCCGACCAGAAGCAGGUUUACGAAGACAUAGGCGUCGAGAUGUUAGAACAUGCCAUGGACGGAUACAACGUCUGCAUUUUCGCGUACGGACAGACGGGAGCGGGAAAAAGUUACACCAUGAUGGGACGAUGCGAUCCGGGCCAAUCCGGAAUCAUACCUCAGCUCUGCGAAGACUUAUUCAACAGGAUAAAGAACAAGGAGUCAAUGGAUAUUGCUUAUAAUGUUGAGGUCAGUUACAUGGAAAUCUACUGCGAACACGUUCGUGACCUACUUAACCCCAAAAACAAGGGCAAUCUGCGGGUGCGUGAACACCCCCUUUUGGGACCGUACGUUGAAGAUCUAUCUAAACUCGUCGUCACUUCAUUUUUCGAUAUUAACAGUCUCAUUGACGAAGGGAAUAAAGCGAGAACGGUUGCGGCGACGAACAUGAACGAGACCAGCAGCAGGUCUCACGCCGUCUUCACGAUCGUUCUCACACAAAAGCGCUACGACCACGACUCAAAUAUACUCGGAGAAAAAGUAAGCAAGAUAAGUUUGGUGGACCUAGCGGGGAGUGAAAGGGCCGACUCGACGGGGGCCAAAGGAACGAGAUUGAAGGAGGGGGCCAACAUAAAUAAGUCCCUGACUACUCUUGGAAAAGUUAUCUCGGCGUUGGCCGAACUGAAUAAAAAGAAAAAGAAAUCCGAUUUCAUACCAUACAGGGACUCCGUACUGACCUGGUUACUGAGGGAGAAUCUAGGCGGUAACUCGAAGACGGCAAUGAUAGCAGCUAUAAGCCCGGCAGACAUCAACUACGAUGAAACGCUUAGCACACUGAGAUAUGCGGACAGGGCCAAGCAGAUAAUGUGCAAGGCAGUGGUGAAUGAAGACCCGAACGCCAAACUGAUCAGAGAGCUGAAGGAGGAGGUCGAGAAGUUGAGAGAGAUAUUGAGAUUGGAGGGGAUCGAUGAUGUUAAAUUCAUCAUGUUCAUAGAUGGCGCAAUGUAUAGAAGCAUGAAAAUGACCAUGUCGUCAGGUUUCAUCAUCGUCACCAUCGUCAUCAUCAUCAUGGAACCAGAUAAAACGAACUCAGAGAUGAUAGAGAGAUUGAAGGCUGCGGAAAAAUUAGUAAAAGAAUUAAAUGAAACAUGGGAGGAUAAACUGAAGAGAACUGAAAGAGUGAGGAUUGAAAGAGAGGCGGUGCUAGCAGAGAUGGGCGUGGCUCUGAAGGACGACAGCUCAUUGGUCGGAACCCCGCACUUAGUUAACUUGAACGAAGAUUCGCUCAUGUCCGAAUGCUUGCUGUACUACAUAAAAGAUGGUAUAACCCGAGUUGGGCGGGCCCAUUGUGAGUCGGGGGUGGUCCAGGAUAUCCAACUGAAUGGCUCGCUCAUUCUAGAUGAACAUUGCGUCUUCAACAAUGCACAAGGUAAAGUGACCUUGACCCCUUGUGAGCUGGCACUCUGUUACGUCAAUGGUAAGGAGGUCACGACCCGUGUUGAACUCGUCACGGGGUCAAGGAUUAUUUUCGGCAAGAGUCACGUGUUUCGUUUCAAUAAUCCCAUACAAGAAAUGGCGGACAGGAAGAUGACCAACAGCAUAGAGGAGAUCAUGAAGCAGGCUGAUUGGACGUUCGCACAGUCGGAGCUGCUAGAAAAACAAGGAAUCGAUCUUAAGAAAGAGAUGGAGGCUAAGUAUGAUGACGAUGAUGAUGAUGAUGACGACUCGUGA